GUUUUAUUUUGAAUAUAUUUUCGAGAAAUGACGGUAGUAAUAAAUUUCUGGAACUAAUUUAACCUAUUAGUGCUUCAUUCGGCGACUUGACUUCAGCAAGGCACGUUACUUGUUACCUCUCCUUGAACCACUACUUUUAAAAUAAGAACAAUGUCUGACUUUGAGUCUUCCGAUUCGGAGUAUGAAACUGACCUAGAUGUUUAUUCGAGUGGUCCAGGAUUACCGUUUAAUCCGAGUAUGAUCGAAGACCUUAUUCUGUCGAUCACAGAUAAGUUUAAUUUUCGUGUGGUGAUGAGCGAUAGAAGAGUGAAGACCGCCGUGCUGGUGACCACUGGUUUAUCAGUCGCUGGAGCGUUAAUUGGAAAAUAUUAUGGUGGGAAGACAGGAGCUGUUGUUGGGGGAGCCGUCGGUGGAGUGUGCGGUCUUGGAGUUGUCGUCACCAUGAGAGAAAUCUGGCACGAGAUAAAGGGGAAACUUCCUGAACUUUAUGAAAUAGUCUAUGACUACCUAGCUGGUUUAGGUUUUGAUGAUUACCAUAGAGCAAUAAAGUUUGUUUUUCAACAUAGUGGUGCUACUACUCAAUUAGGUAUGCUCAUAUUGCAGAUCACUACUGAUACUUUAGGUAAAAAGAUUCUUUCUAGUUUAACAGCUGCUUAGUUUUACAUAUUUAUUUUGAUAAUUGACAUUCAUGAAUUUUGAGUUAAUGUUAGUUGAUAUAUCGAGUUAAUGUUAGUUAAUAUAUUAAGGUUGUUAAUGCUUCUAUAGUAUAAAAGAAAUGAAUUGUUUGCUGUUGAAUUGUUGCUAUUAUAUUAAGAUAAGUGGUCUCUAACAUAGGUAAUUUUUUUAACAUGUGUGACCUGACAAAAAAAUUAGAAUAGGUAUUUUUAUGCAAUUAAAUAUUUUCAAUUUAUUGAUUGGCUUUAAUGUUUUACUGUUGAAUAUUUCUAGAUAUCUGUCUUAUCUUCUUUCUGUUAUUUACUGACAAAUUUUUAUUUUCUGUGAUAAUUAUUUCUAUAUUCAUUAAUC